AUGGCGCGACCGGAACAUACGGACGACGUUGCUCCCGAUGAUAACACCCAACCAGUCCGUCCUCCAUUAGCGACUUCUACUCCACGCACCUCACGCGCACCCUCGACCGCUUCGCUCAAUACAUCGGUCUACGAGGACGUUGCGGGGCAAAUACGUCGUGUCCCAAGCAUUCGGCUGCGACGCGGCUCGGCCACCAUACCCGGCUCCGUUGGACCCAGCCUACCCGACUCCCAGCAGACGGGUAUUACCGCAGCCAACGAUGAAACGCUUCGAGGGCGUCCGCGUGCCGUCUCGGUGCCGGAAGUGGCCAUGCGGGAGUUCGGUCGGCCCCAGCAGGCUCGCCAUUCGACAGUGGCACAAACGCCAAUGGCCAUGCCGCGUCUGACAGAGGAAGGGCCCCGACCCAGUAUGGCGGAGAUUACUCGAACUCUAUCAUCAAGCUCUCUACCGGCCACGCAGCCGCCCGCCGGGCGAUUUUCGAUGACUCCGGAAGAGCCGGAUGGACAUGCCCUGCGUCGUCCAUUCCCGGGAAUGCGAAGGCUGAGCAGAUUCCUGCGCCCGGGACAGAGCGUCGGUAACCUUGAUACGCAGAGGAGAAGUCAGAAUGGAAACGAGGACAAAGAGUUCAACGAUAGCCUCAUCGACUGGCUAGAUGUUUUUGACCCCGAAAUUCAGACACUAUCAACUUUAACAAAUGUCCAGAACUCCCUUUUCGUUCCCGAUCUAGGAAACCUCAUCAACCGCCGACCUACCUACGUGCUUUCAGACUACGAAGGAGGACCCCGACGGCCGGGCGCUGCCCCCCCGGGACCGGAAGCUGAGCGCGUAAAGGAGGAGGAGGAGGUAAAAGAGGAGGAGGAACGUCCACGUCUAGAACGCCUCAGCUCUAUAAGCUCCCGCCUAACGGAAUCGCACUAUGCCGCACUACCGCACGGCACCACUCUCGACGGGUGGACCGAGGCCCAGAAACUCGAGCUGGAAGAUCGCGUGCGCCACAUGUUACACUCCCGCCGGUCACGUUUCAAGCGCGGUCUGAAAGGAUUCGGCCAGUAUGUCCGCACGCCACUCGGUUUCUUCGUUACACUAUAUGCCGUUCUCAUUACCCUUUUCGGCCUGGCGUGGGUGCUUUUCCUCAUCGGAUGGAUCUACGUGGGUGACAAACAGGUUUACACGAUUCACAUUAUCGACAGCGUGCUCGUCGCCCUCUUCGCCAUCGUAGGUGACGGGAUGGCCCCUCUUCGAGCCAUAGAUACCUACCAUUUGAUUUUCGUUGUGCGCUACUCGCGUAUGAUCGAGAAGGCGAGAAAAUCCAAAGCCUCGGAUCUAGAGAUGGCGAUGACACCCCUCGAAUCACCAGACGGAAAGGAAGCAAAGCCAGAUAUCGACAUUAACAAUAACGGCAAUGUGCAAACAGAACCACAACGAUCGAUUAGCCCUACAUCAGUGAGCCCUCGAUCGACAAGCCCUAUUACCGCUGCGAAUCGAUCCUCCACCAAUGUCAACAGCGACACGGCAGAUCCAGAGAGCGGAGAUUGUGCCAAGAAAACCGGCCGGGAUUAUGAAGGCGAAGCACUGGCAUUGACGCCCAAACAGCAAAAGAGCUUUUGUCACCAUCAAAAGAAGCUGGCCAAGUCACAUAGCUUCUACAAGCCGGAGGAGACAUUCACACAUUACGCCUUCCCCCUCAGCUAUCUCAUUGCCAUUGUCGUUCUACUUGACUGCCACUCGUGCCUGCAAAUAUCCCUCGGGGCAACUACGUGGGGCAUUGACUAUCACACACGCCCGGUCGCCAUUACGACAGUCAUCUUGUGCGUCAGCAUCAUCUGCAAUAUUACGGCGGGAUUGAUGAUCAGCAUGGGUGAUCGGAAGACGAGGAAGAAAGAUGUCGUUGCGCUAAUAGACCGGCAGAAGCUAACGGCUGCUGCUAUUAAGAGAGUUGAGAAAAAGAGGAGUAGAUGA